GCAGCGUGCAUGGGACACCGCGCGCGCUCCAGCCCGGCUUAAGGCCCUCGUCGAGAUCUGGAGCAGCACCAACCGUUGGCUAACCGCCUCCACCUCGGGAGCGCCCAUGCGCCACCGCCACCAGCAGGAGAUCUUGGAUCUCGUGGACGAGCAUCUUACCAACCUGCUGUCGUACCUGUUCGGGAGAUCUGCCGUACGCCCUCCCCCGCUCCGCGUGAUCCUGUCUACGCCUACGGGCAGCGGCAAGACCUUCACGGCCGUCAUGCUGCAGCUGCAAGUGCUGAAGGGCUACAGGGCUGCUGCGGCGGCGGAGGGAGGUGGCGGCAGCGCAGGUGGCGGCAGCGCAGGUGGCAGCAGCGCAGGAGGCAGGGGUGGCGGAGCCAAGGGCAAGGGUGCUGCUGCGGCUGCUACUGAGGAGGAGAAAGCAGCCGAGCAGCGGCAGGGGCACCCGGAGGCCAUCCUGGUCUACUCGGUGCCUACCAAGCAGGUUCUGAAGCGCGUGGGCCAGGAGUGCGAGGCGCACGGAGUGAUCUACUGGACCGCUGCCAGCGAUGGGGAGCUCUUCCAGGUGCGCCGCCCCUACUCCAUCCGCACCAAGCGGGGGGACAAGGGCAGCGUUGGCGCGGGAAGCAUGAGGAGCCAGCUGGAGGAGUGCGCGCUGCGGGGCUCCCGCAAUGACGACCUGGGCGGCGGCAAGCCCGACGUCAUCAUCGCCGACAUCUUCGCCACCGCGGAACUGGUUCGUGCCGCCCGGGAGGCGCCCCCGGGUUCCUUCUACCACUCCCACUUCCUGGUGCUCUACCUGGAUGAACCCAACAUGGGGCUGCACCUCAAUGAAGAGGUCCGGAAAGCGGUUCGCGCCAUCAUGUCAGCCGCCCCGUCCACCACCAUCCUCGCCUCCGCCACCCUCCCCUCCUGGCAAGACCUACCCGCUUGGUGGCGAGGAGUCCACCUGCAACAGCAGCAGCAACAGCAACACCCCAACCAACAGCACCUUGCCGUACCUCCCGCCGUAGCUGCCGUACUGCCGCCCCCCACCUCCCACGUGGUCAUCACCCAGGAGCCGUACGAGCUGCCCACAUGCACGCUGUCCGUGUACGACAGCGUGUCAGGGCAGUUGGUUGCCGUACCGCCGCUGGAGCUGUUUGACGACGCGGGGCAGCUGGCGGCGGCGCUGGAGCGCAGUGCUCGGCUGCGGGUGCUGCUGCUGCGCCACUUCAGUGGGG